AUGGAGCAGUCUCUCAAGUCUGAAGAGCCUGGCAGGGUCCAUUUGCAUGUUUUCAUGGAAUUUGGGCAGGCGGUAGAUUGGACAUCUUUGCGGUGUGUCGUCUUUAUGGGUGUGAGGCCGGACGCGGCUCCUUGUACUGCCCGUGGCCCUCGUCUUCGCCAAGCUUUGGACCACGGCCACUUUUAUGUCUAUGCCAACAAGGUUGGCACGCUGAGAGUGGAGACUUCUGGUUACAUUCCCUGGGAGGAUUAUCCUGUCAAGGGUUGGUACAGAGUCCGUAUUGGUUUCAUGGGGAGGCAGCGCCAAGUAGAUUGUGUGCGAGAACAUGAGCGCAAGCUGGCAUUUCAGGCGCAGCAGAGACAAGUUGCGGACGCAUUGGCGCUGCUGAUGCGCCCCUUCCGGCCCGAGGUGCUUAGCAGGCUGCAGCCUUGGGUGAGCCAAUACCAAUCUGUGCAGUUGAGAUACAAGUUCUUGGUUCUCCGUGGAGGCUCUCAGACCGGGAAGUCAACGUUGGCAAAAAGCUUGGGUCACUUGUUUGGGUGGCGCCGGCCAUUUGUUCAGACGGUGCAAAGCGCGGAAGCUCCAGAUUUGAAAGCUUAUAGUCCAGAAGAGCAUGGCUAUAUCCUAUUUGACAACGUGAACCACAUGGAUUUUAUUCUCAAUGAGCGCGCUCUUUUUCAAGCCAACAAUGAUCUGCACACCCUGGGAGCAUCGCGGACAGGUAUUUAUUCAUAUUCGGUGUGGCUCUUUCGUUGCCCUUUGGUAGUCAUUGUGGAUUUGUCCGCUGUCUGGGAGGGAUCAGAGCCGUGGCUUGCGGACAACAUGUUUGAGCUGUUUCUCGAUGGCCCAUGCUAUUUGUGA